UCUCCACUAAUCCGCCAACAGCUAGUGAUUCGUACAUGAUAACCUCCAUUAGCCUCCACGAACGUCCCCAGUUCUCAAAGGUGUGAAGUUGAAGGGUGCAGAAGUGAGACAUACAUAUCUUGAGUUACUGAGCUUAGUAUAUUCCUUAGGAGAGUCCCAUGGGGUCGAGAGAUCAAUUUCCAACUUACUCACUGCUCCGCAAUCGAACGUUGUUUUUCGUUAUUAGGAGCCGUUUUUCCGCUUUGAAACUGGUGCAUUAUUGCCUUACCUCAUAUGAUUUCCUGGUUUAUCUGUGGCAGAGUACAAACAGGAGAGAUAACCUUUUUUAGUGUUUUGAGACCAUGUCCUUAGCAGAUGCGACCAAUGUGAAAUGACACUCCUUGUUUUAUUCUUACUUCUAAUUAAUUUAUUCAAAUUUUUUUUUCAGUUCCUAGCCAUUUACACAUACUUUUCCGAAAUCUUGCAUUCUUAUCAUGCCUUUUCUUUACAUUAUUUCGUAAUUACGCUCUCAACACAGAAUAAUUUUUCGCACAAUGAUAAUUCUGAGGAGACACGUAAGCUCGGUAUUUUUGAUAUUUAAUUUUUAUUAAUUAAUAGAGGAGAAACAAGAACCACAGGCCUGACUGGAACCUACCUAAUAACUCUUUCAGUAAAGUGUGCAAAACCAUGUCCAAUGUUCCGUGGCUUUGUAUUGGGGUUGAUGUUGGUGGAACAAACACUGAUGCUGUGAUUCUGCGACAAAAGACUGUUCUAUCCUCAGCCAAAGUUCCCACCACAGAAGAUGUUACAUCUGGUAUCACUGAAGCAAUUAAAUCAACUCUCACCCAGCUUCCUGACGAAUUUCAACCAAAUCCUAAUCAGUAUGUUGCAAGGGUUAACAUUGGCACCACUCAUUUUGUGAAUGCUGUUGUUCAAAGGAAAUUCCUCACUAAAGUGGCUGUAUUAAGGUUAUGUGGACCAGCAACUAAAGCCAUCCCACCUUUGUGUGAUUUCCCUGCAGAUCUGAGGAAUGUCAUUGGUGGAAUGCAUUUUUUUCUCAAUGGAGGAUUUCAAUAUGAUUGUUCAAGUAUUACUGAUGUUGAUGAGAAUGAAGUAAAAAGGGUUGCUAAUGAAGUACAAGCAGCAGGUUGGAUAUCCACAACAUAAUAAUGCCUUUUAACCAAAAUCAUUCUGAUCCCAUCCACUCUUUAAACUCACCUCAACAUUUAAAUUAGGCAGGUUUUGAUUUACAUGCUCCCACUGCAGCCAAGAGGAGUUAAACAUUCUGAAUGUUAUUGUUCAUCAUCCCUGAACCUUGAUGUGGCUAUUUGUAGUUUUAGUCAUCUUAGCUGAGGCAUAGAUUAAAGAAAUUUAAAUGGUUCUUGGCCUCUUGUUGCCAAAUGAUCUGUAUGUAAUUGUGCCUUGGUUACUUUUAGUUUACUUAGGCUGUAAUAGACUAAGGAAAGCCAUUCAGGAAUUAACAUGGUUGUCUAGGAAUGUUCAUUAAAUUCCUUAAGGUGUGAUGUAGAUAAAUUUGCUUAUGUGUCAAACUUUCUUUCAUUCUAUUCAUUUAGGAAUAAGAAACAUUGCUGUUGUUGGAGUUUUCUCUCCUGCCUCUAAAGAGCAAGAAGUCCAAGUGGCUGAGAUCAUCAGAUCAGUUCACCCAGGUAUGAGUAUGACGCUUUCGCAUGAAGUGGGUUUGAUUGGCUUACUAGAGCGUGAGAAUGCAACUGUUUUAAAUGAGAGCCUAAAGCCACUAUGCAAAAGGACUGUGGGAGCAUUCUGUUCAGCCUUGAGGAAUCUUGGUUUGAAGUGUCCAUUUUAUCUCACACAGAAUGAUGGAACCAUAAUAAGGUAUGUAGCGUUGGCCUUCUGUAACUUAAUAGUAAGUUGUCUUGUGUUUCUCAAUUAUUGUGGUAAUUGUAAUGGUAAAAUGAUGAUGACAACUAUUAUGAAGAUGAUGAUGAUGAUGUGAUAUUGAUUAUAACUGUGAUAAUUCUCUAGAAUUUUCUCAACUUGUUUACUGGUCUCCUUUCAGUGCAGAGCAAGCUUUACAUCUGCCUGUGUUAACAUUUGCAUCAGGCCCAACAAACAGCAUGCGAGGAGCUGCAUUCUUGUCAGGUGUGCAAGAUGCAAUAGUUAUUGACAUUGGAGGAACAACCUCUGAUGUAGGAGUUCUUAAAGGAGGAUUUCCAAGACAAGCUUCUACAAGGGUUAAGGUAAACUUAUAAUUUAUGUUAGUUUAUGAUUAUAAGAUGCAUUUAAAUGAAAUAUAAUAUUAGGGACUCCAGGUGAAUAUUGUCUCCUUUUUUUCUAGUCAUGAAUUCUGUCAAAACUACUUGAAUUUUGGUAUGACAAUGUCUAUAAUACCUUAGACUGCUAUCAAAAAUGCAGGCUUCAAAAGAAUCUAGAAUGAGCUAGGUUUUUUGAUAUAUCAUGUUUCAAUAAGUUGGUUAAAAUGUAUGCCAAUUACCAUAAAUAAAAUUUUUUCUAUGAAUUGCUGUAAAACAAAACUAGAUUGGAGGUGUGAACACCAACUUUCGAAUGCCUGAUGUAUUAAGUGUGGGACUUGGAGGAGGAUCAGUAGUGGAACAAUUACAGGUUAGUCAGUCUGUUAAGUGUCCUUUGUAACUGAUCAUUUUUAGGGAGGGUAGGAUGCAUCAGACAUCUUUUCCCUUUUUCACUGAUGUUGCUUCCUCUUCCCCCCCCCUCCCCCCACAACCUGCUCUUAUGCUCCCUUGUAUAGACUCUUUCUACAGCUUAAAGUUGUAACCAACAAGACAUUUGUGAGUUGGAGUUAGAAUUUUACCUUGGAGAUAUUGAGCACAAUAUUACAACUUGAUAUUGCACAGGUCUAAAAUGUAAAAUGUUUUUGAUGGCAACCAACCUAUUCAAAUUGUCAAUGUUUUGUACACUUGUUAGGUUAGUUAUGGAGGUAUUACUAUUCAACACUAGCUAGUUAAGGGGAGUCAUUUGAUCUUGAUAAAAUGUUCUGAUUUUUCUUUAAUUUGUAUAUUUUAUAAAAAUAUAUUUCUAUUUUAAUUAUUAUAAAUAACCAUUUCUCUGAUUAUUUGUUAUUUCUUUGUUACAGGAGGGUAUCACCGUGGGUCCAUUAAGUGUUGCUUACAAGUUGAAGACCGAAGCAUUAGUGUUUGGAGGGAAGACCGUGACAUCAACAGACAUUGCUGUUGCUUCUGGCCUGUGUAACAUUGGAGAUAAGGAAAGAAUUAGGAACAUUCCCGAGGAUGUCAGGGUUGGAGCAAUGGCAGAGAUCAAGAGAAAAAUUGAAGCUGCAGUUGAUCGAGUUAAGGUAUCUGUGAACUGAAUGUGAUUAAGGGGGUAAACUUUGCAGUUUGACCCUGGCAGGGCUCCAGGAAAAAAAAGAUGUAAUCUGAAAAAAGGCCUCAAUUUUUGAAGUUCUAAGUGAAUUGUUAUAUGUAAUUGGUUUAAGUUACAAUCUUGGACUUCGUAGUGUGACUCAGAUUAACAGUGUAUCCACCUAGUGGUCCUUCACCUGUUAAGAAUUUGAGAUCAAUAUCAGUAUCUGGGCAACUGCCCACCUACCCCUCUCCUAACCCAACAUUAACCCUAACUGUUGUUAGGUUAGGGGAGGGGUAGGUGGGUAGUUGCCCAGAUACUUAUAUUGAUCCAGAAUUUGUAAUUCCCCUUUUCAACUGAGAGACAAAUUCUUCUGAGGAUAGUUUCAUAUAAAGCAACUCAGAAUAAAUAUUAAGAGAGCGAAGAGAGUGUUAAUGCUUAUCAUGUGUAUUAUGCACAGUUCAGUGGUGAGGACCAGCCUGUAAUUCUUGUUGGUGGAGGUAGUGUUCUUGUGGAUUUAUCACAGAAAUUAAAAGGAGCCUCAAAAGUUUUAUGCCCUCCAUACUAUCAGGUAAAAUGCAGUCUCUGUUAUCAACAUCUGUAUGAUCAUGUGAAUUUACUUCUGUAUCCUAGCGCAAGAAAGUGGCUUCCAACUUUGGAUUAGAUCACUGCUGGAUGAUCGUCGUAUCAUCCAAUCGUGGAUAAUGGAAAUAUUUAGGUCCAUUAUGAAGAUGUUCAAUAUUUCUGCCAAAAAAUGGGCUUUCAAAAAGUUUACAUAAAUUAUACAUAUACGUAUAAAUAUAUUUUAUUAGUUGGAUUCAUAUUUACUUUUUUCAGUACUAUUCUAGGUUGGUCGCAUGUUAGAAGAACCCUAACGCGAGACAAAGUACUUCUUAUCUAAUAACAUUCUUAAUAGUAUGUAUGUAUUAGAGAAGUGAAUUGUGUUAAUCAUUUCCGAAGGUUGCCAAUGCGGUGGGCGCUGCCUUGAGUAAAGUUAGCGGAACAUUUGAUCAAGUUGUUCCUUUGAAAAAUACAACUCGUGAAAAAGUACGUAAUGAGGCCGAACAGAUGGCGCGUAAAAGAGCCAUGGAGGCUGGGGCUGACGAACAAACCUUACAAGUUAUUGAUAGGGAUGAGGUACCACUGGCGUAUCUGCCUGGUAAUGUAGUGCGGUGUUUUCUGAAAGUUGUUGGUGAUUUAGCAGAGUGCAAAGCCAAUAGCCCCGAGGAGCUAUCACAGUUAGGUGAGACUACAAUCCUGUAAAAAUUUUCUAAACCUUUGUGAUUAACAAAUGUUUCAAGGGUAACAUAUUCUUGAUGCGAAUAGAUAGUUAUGAGAAAACCUGCCUAAGUCUCUUGAAUGUUAGAUAUAAACCUGUGUGUAAACUCAACAUCUUUCAAAGAGAACUCAAAUAACAAGCACCCGCGACGUUAAGAGAUGAUUUUCCUUGAGGAUUUAGAGAAUUCCACUGUCAUGCGCUAACACAUUGACAGAGCAAAUGGCUUUUAUGAAAAGGAAGGGUUAUAAACACUUACUUCUAAUAAUAAUGUAAGGUUUCAGGUUUAUUGUAUUAAAUACAGAAAAGUGAUUUUGAGCUUCUGUUUAAAGGCACAGACAUAUACAGUGUCUUAUCAGCCGAGGAGUUCUCUCCCAUUCAAGAAGUUUCUGGUGAGGAGCAGCAGCCCAGCACACAAGAAGAGGACGACAUUGUAUUCAGUGAUCCGUAUGUAGACCCUGUAACAGGUGACUGGAUUCUGAGCAGGUUUGAUGUCGAGUGUAUCACCAUAGGAGCCGGUAUCAUGGGGUGUGGAGGGGGAGGUAGUCCUUACCUUGGGAGACUAAGGGCACUGGAGCUUAUCAGGAAGAACAAGGAAAUUCGUGUUAUUCACCCAAACAGGUCAGUGACUAACAGUUAUAAGGUUAGAUUUGGUGAUGAAGAUUAUACGACGAGAAAUGAUAUAUAGAAACAUUAAAUUCACAGCCAGGAGGCGAUUAUGAGUCAUAGGGAGAAUGUAAUUGGAGUCGGAAAAUAUACUAUGGCUAACGAUGUCAACUUUUGAUAUAGAUUGCUGCAUCUUCUCCCUUCAUGUGUUUUCAGGUUAGGAUCCACUCCUGAACUAACGGGUACCGUGGUGACGCCUGCCUUUAUGGGUGCACCAGUUAUCUUGAUCGAGAAGCUUUUCAGUGGACAAGAAAGUCUCUCAGCUGUGAAAGCAGCUGUAGCAGUUUUAUGCGCUGGUGAUGCUGUUAAUGAACAUGACAAUGGAGAAGGAAUCAAGGAAGUCAAAGGUGUUAAAGAGUGGAUGUCUGCCAAUAAUGAGGUAUAGGAGUAAACUUUCUUCUGUGAGGCCGAUUGUUAGGCAUAUUCUCAUUUUUGUUAAUUUACAAACAAUUCAUAUGCAAUUGUUGUCCGUACUUGCAAGUCAACACUUGCACUUGAAUUAUUUCAACUAGAUAAAAAGCCUAUCUUGUGGUAGGUUUCAGUAUUUGAUAAUGCAGCUUUUCCAGCAGCGUCUUGUAUGAAAUUCGAUGUCUGUUCAUCAACAGCCUCAAUCCACUAAGAAACCCGUGGCUGUUGUAUGUGCGGAGAUAGGAGGUGCCAACUCUAUCGAGCCCUUAGUGGCUGGAGCAGAACUGGGACUCCCCAUCGUGGAUGCGGAUGGCAUGGGACGAGCGUUUCCUGAGUUGCAAAUGUUUUUGCCGUUUGUUUAUGGUAGCCCAGCAUACCCAGCGGCCGUUGGAGAUGAAAAAGGAAAUGUGGUCGCGUUGACAUUUGCUGAAACACCCAAACACUUAGAAGACUUUCUUAGAAUCAAAACGGUAGAGAUGGGGUAGGUACUUAAGAAACUCUUUUCGAUUACCGAGGAUUGACAGGAAAAGUUGACAAAGUAUCUUGCAUUUAUUUUGUUAUUACUAAUUGACCUCUUUAUAAGUCAUCUCAUGGAGUCAAGCAAAUUUGACAAAAACCCGAAUGCCAUAGUUUCAGUCCCGGUAACAGAUACUAAUUUUUUCCUUGACAUAUUUUAAUUUUGCUCUUUAGCUGCAUGGUUGGCUUUACGUUUGUCCUUGACUGGAAAGAUGUGCAACAAAAAAGUGCCCUGUAUACUGUGAGUAGAACAUGGCGUCUGGGUAACACUGUUCUUCGUGCCAGACACAACAAGGCGUCCCCAGUGAAUAGCAUUCUUCAGCAUGAAAAUGGAAAACUCUUAAUGAUUGGCAAGGUUCGUUACCUUGUUGUUUUAAUUGCAACUGUUUGACAGCGUUAGUUUCGUAGAUUGUGGGCAUGUUUCCAUCAUAUAGAAUGCAGAUCUCGGACAUUGCAACACUGGGUUGAGUUGUAGUUCGCCACUGGCCGGGCUGCUUCAUUUUAAUUUUAGAAGAGAAAAUUUUUAUUUAAUGUCCGAAGGCCACAAAUGAUUUGCCUUGUAGAUUGAGAAAAUUGUAUUGAGUAAGAAAUACGACAACUUGAAAUUUGAUUGUGUUCUUUUUGUAGAUAGCAGACGUAAGCCGUGUAACUGAAGGCGCCUUUAACAGAGGAAGGUUGCUCAUUGAAGGCUCCGGACAAUUUAAUAAUCAGAACCUUGGUAUUGAAUUCCAGAAUGAAAACUACGUGGCUUUUGUUACAAAAUAUGAUGGCUCCAGGAGUGUUCUUGCUACGGUUCCUGAUUUGAUCUCUUUAGUAGAUGAAGAUACAGGCCAGCCAAUCACAACAGAGGAAGUUCGUUAUGGCCUCCGAGUGGCUGUCAUCGUCAUGCCUUGCUCUCCUCUAUGGACCACCCCGCAGGGACUGGCAGUUGGAGGCCCGGUGGCGUUUGGGUAUAAUGACGUUGUUUAUAGUCCUGUGGAUUCGUAUGAGGAGCACCCUCCCAUCCCCAGAAACUGAUGAAUUUUUAAAUAGGAAAUAAAAGCAUUAUUUCACACAAAUGAUUCUAAUUGUUAAGUAAAUUUUUAAACUAAGGAAAAAAUUAGUUGUUUUUAAAAGAAAUAUAUUAUGGGUAAUUUGGUAUUAUCAACUGAGUUGAUAAUUUAAAUUGGCCACCGUAAAGAGUUUAAAAGCUAACGUUUCGAGCGUUAGCCCUUCAUCGAUCGUUCUGACGAAGGGCUAACGCUCGAAACGUCAGAGCUAAUUAACGUGAUCAACUCAGUUGAUAAUAACAAAUUACCCUGUUAUACUCUCUCACCGACGUAGCACCACAGUUUCUUUAGAAACUUACCCCCUAAAUAUAUUUUGUACUCUAAAUUAUCAUCAAAUGUAAACAUAAGUUCCAUUAAAUGGUUUCUAGGCGUUCACUGGUCUUUAAUAUUUUCAUGAUGCAACUUGAUAUUUCACUCGGGUGGGUGACGUUGUCACACAUUUUAUUUCCACAGAAAAAGGUAAAAUUGCUGUUUUCUCUUUUCCAUCAGGCAAACUUAAAUUGCCUUAAUAAGUCUUUUCGUCGAUAUGCUUCACUGACUACUCAUGCCUAGACCCAGUCCUAUAUGUCACGCACAACAGGUCACGUUCACACAAAAGGUGUGAUUCAGUUCUCGAUCAUUCCUUCUUCACCUUUAAACUGGUGAACAUAUCGAGGAACACGUGAACUUGAUAAAACAGUUUCUUGUCUGCGUGCUUGAAAGACCGUUUAAAUUAAGGUACGUUACAAUGUUCCCAACAGUACGUCAACUUAUAAAUUUGUUUUGAGUGGUUUAAUGUACCUACAAUAUUUAUAAUGUGUUGAUAUGCGUUCCCAUCGUUUGUACUUCGAACGAUUUUGGUUUGUUAACGAUUCAAAGUAUAUUGCCAGUUCUGUCUCUGUAAAGCUCUGAAAACUGUAGAAGCAUGCACUGAUAAAAUUUAUAACAGUUUUUCCAAUAAACGUUUCACUUACUUAACUCUUUUACUUGUAACGACAACUGACCAAUCCUCCGUAACUUUGUAUAGUCUUGGACAUAAAUCCAUUGAGGUAGAAAUAUCUGUAGCAGAGACAAACAUCCUGAUAUGUAAAUUAGAGAAUAUUAAGCAAUUGCUAAGACUAUUGACGAUUGAUUCCCUCCAUAAUCGUAAUUUCCUUAGUUGUGUGAACAUUUCUUUUAGUCAGUGAUUUAAACAUGUAAACGUUCACGAAGUACAACUUGGAACAAAUAUCUAAGACGGUGUUAAAGCCACAGAUAAUUCACUGUGUUUAACGUUUUUACUGAAACUCCGCGUUGCCAAUACAUGCCCACUAAGAAUAUCGC